CCGAAGUCCCCGGACCAAAAACAGGAAGUAAAUCAUGAGUGCAGGAGCGGAGGAUGAAGAGGAUGUGCCAUUAGAAGAAGUCAGCUCAGUUACACUCACUCAGGACAGUGAUGGAAGCAUCAUACUACACUGCCCUCCUGAUGAUGCGGACGCUGAACCCAUCAGGAAGAAACUGCGUCUCACCACAGGAGAACAGGAGGACUCUGAUGCACCACAGUUCUCAGUUGUAACGCUGCCAAUUUCAGGGAAUGACGAGAGCUUUGAGGUGACGAUGACUGCCACAGCGGACAGUGACCUCACGGAGGAAGGUGUGGCUCAGAUUCAGAUUUUGCAGGAUGAUGAGGAGUCCCUCUCCCCUCAUCAGAAGACGGAGAACGUGUCUCCAGUCAGCCAGGCCUGGUUUACUACUAAAGAAGACAAAGACACGCUGGCUAAUAAAGGUCACAAGUGGAAACAAGGUAUGUGGUCCAAGGAGGAGAUCGACAUUCUCAUGAACAACAUUGAGCGCUAUGUAAAGGGCCGGGGCAUGGAGGACCCAGCAGAGAUCAUAUUUGAGAUGUCAAAGGAGGAGAGGAAAGACUUCUACCGCAGCGUUGCCUGGGGUUUAAACCGACCGCUAUUCGCCGUUUACAGACGAGUGCUCCGGAUGUACGACAACCGCAACCAUGUGGGGAAGUAUACUCCCGAGGAGAUAGAGAAGCUAAAAGCGCUAAGGCAGAAGCAUGGUAAUGACUGGGCCACUAUAGGAGCAGCUCUGGGUCGCAGUGCCUCGUCAGUCAAAGACCGCUGCAGACUGAUGAAGGACACAUGUAAUACAGGUAAAUGGAGUGAAGAAGAGGAGAGGCGGCUCGCCGAGGUCGUGUACGAGAUGGCAGGGGUGUCGCCUGGGGUGGCCGUCACAGGGGGCGUGUCCUGGGCGUCAGUCGCCGAUCAGGUCCGAACGCGCUCAGAGAAACAGUGUCGGUCAAAAUGGCUCAACUACCUUAACUGGAAACACAGCGGCGGCACAGAGUGGACGAAGGAAGAUGACCUGAACUUAAUAUGCAGGAUAUUGGAGAUGGAUGUGGAGGAUGAGAAUGAACUGAAGUGGGAGAAGCUGGCCGGCGGGUGGAGUAGUGUCCGAUCCCCCCAGUGGCUACGGUCCAAGUGGUGGAGCAUCAAGAGACAAGUAGCCAAUCACAAGGACAUCCCCCUAAGCGUCUUACUGAAAGGUCUUAAAGAACUGAUGGAAUCCUCCCAAACAACAGGAACAGGAAGUCCCUCCUCCUCUCUCCAGAUCCGAGUUACGCGAGUGGAGGAGAGCAGCAACAACCCCACCCCCAGCUCUGUCACCGCCCUCCAGAUCCCCGUACAGAUUCCUCUCCAGAUCACACACAUGGCCUCAGACAGUUCUACAGCAGUUAGCGACAGUGAGACCAUCACACUGAACACGGGUGCCCUGCAGACCUUUGAGAUCUUACCUUCCUUCCACCUGCAGCCCACUGGCACUCCUGGGACCUACUACCUCCAGACAACGUCCAAUCAGGGCCUGCCGCUCAGCCUGACCAAUAACAGCACAGUUACCCUGACAACAAGCUCCUCCCCCUCCUCACCUGAACACAUCAUCUUGCACAGCCUCUCGACGGAGGGCCUCUGUUCAAGCGACGGUGUCAUCAUCCAGACUGUCACCUCGGACCCCGCCUCCUCAGACGCUCUAAGAGAAUCACAGCUGGUCGUGGAGAUGGAGGGCCAGGAAGACAGGCUAGAUGCUACGAGUCUGCUGGUUGGUUCAGAGGACGUUCCUCCAGAGACGAGAGGAGUGGCCACAGACAACUUCCCUGACAAGGCUCUCAGCUGCCCCUCAGAAGAAGGGCCAGUGGUGGGUUCUGAGAUUGCUGCUGGCAGUGCCGUGCUGAUUGUGUCCCCUCCCAACAUCAGCAGCACACUGACGGACCCAAUCCUUGAAAACCAGGAAGGAUCAGACUAAGCCGUGCCCUGAUUGGUCGGUCCGGUGACAUCACUGACAGUACCAAAGGAACAACUGGAAAAGGAACUUUUUUGGGGGGGGGGGGGUCCCCCUCCUCUGUGUUGCGCUUGAUAAGCACAUAGCUGCUGAAGGGGUUAACACCACCAGUACUGGGAAUAUCGUAACCGACAGCAACUCCUCGUCCCAUCUGUUUGGAACUGAAGUCAACGUCACACCAGUGCAAUUCUCAUAGAUUCCGUUAGACAACACGCCGCUGACACUUCUUCAGGCUUCAGAGACCUCGAUUUUUAUAUAUUUUUUAAAUUGUGACUCAAAUUGAGACUUGUUGAAGAAAAAAAAUCCCACGUGUCCUGCUCUCAAAGCCUCUGGAUGCACUGUGAAUGGGGCUACAUGCUAGCAUGGCUAAACUAACACUACCACGUGUGGUCGACACACAAGCCUGGUGCCCUGCUCCUUCAUACUUUUAACUACUCUGACUAAAGGGUGUGUGCAACGUUUUGAGGCAGUGCAGGUGGGUAAUUACAGCACCUGCAACUCGAGUUUAUCGCUGCUAUUUCCUGUUGACCCCCACUACAUUAGAACCGCUUCUCAAAGUUGCACAUGCCUUUUACUGUAGUAUGUGGAACGCCUAUGGUCCAUUAAGUAGACUGCUUUGCUGGCACUGCACCAAUACCUCUUUUUAGUACACGAAUUGAGAAAAACUGCGCUCUAAGUGUCAGCCGGUACUGAGCCCUGAUGAGAACGACGCGUUUUUGUUUGAAGGAUAUAGUCUUGUACCAUGAUGCCGUUGAGCAAAAAAAUAUUUGCAUUAAAAAAGGCAGAAAACUGGGUCGCAGGGUGGUGAGGGAGAUAGCUUUGCAGUCAUUAGGUUGCUGGUCCAAUGCUGAAGUAUUCAAUGCUACUGAUGCGCCCCUAAGCAGCACCACCUACACACUGUAUAUGUAACCACCGCGGGGGGGGGUUCUAGCUGAGCUGCUUGCGUCAAGUGUUUGUGUUCACAUCUGUCCCUGUAAAAGUUACCCAUACAUUUAAGUUCAACAUCAGUCUAACUUUACAGCUACUAUGGUAUCAUAGUAAAGGGGAAACGCUGCAAUACUAUUACCCAGUUUGUUAAUAUCAGCACAGUAAUUUAUGUCAGUAUUUAUAUCCAUGUUCCCAAGUUUUAAGAUAUUGUUUGUGUCUCUAUGAGCUCAUCAGAUGCAUUACUUAGUCCGGCUCGGUCAGUUUGAAGAGUGCGACGGUCUCGUGACGUUUCGUCGGUCCGGACGGGAAGCUUCCUCCACUUCAACCUACUGGAUGUUGACACGCCGAAUCUUUUGGUCACACCACUGUUUUACCUGCCGGAUGGGUUGAAGUCAACCUUCUCGUGCUUCAUUGAACGAUGUCCCCCUUUUGCAGGUGUGCCAACCUUCUUUUUUUUUAUCAACUUUGUACCAUUACAAUAAAUA